UAUAGUUAUUAUUUAUGAAUUUGUUAUUGAAGAAUAAAUUCAUGAUAACAAAUAAAAAUGUCUGAUGCUUGGGAAGAAAUUCAAGCUGUUAAAUCCAAAAGAAACAGUUUAAGAGAAAAAUUAGAAAAACGGAAAAAGGAAAGAAUUAAUUUAUUAGGAGUCUCGUUAACAUCUGCUAAUUUAAGUUCUCAAAAAUCUGAAAGCAAAUUAGAAAAAUUAAGUGAAGCUAAAAAGACUGAUAGUGAACUGUUAGUAGAGGAUAAAAGCCCGGCGACUAAGUCUGAAAAUGAUUUACCAGAAGAAAGCAUUGAGAAGAGUUUAGUGCAGUGCUUAGCAGAUGUAACUCUUCCUCUACCAAUUACAAGUGUACGAUUAGAAGCAUUGCUUGCUAAAGAAUUAAAUAAACCAAACUUGUUACAUUCUAUAACAAGUUUGUUAAAUAAAUUAGCAAUUCAAUUACUAAUAAGUGUGAGAGAAACUCAGUGCUCAUCGUCCACAGUAUUAGAAGUUAUAUCUGCAGAUCAUUCUAAGCUUACAGCUUUGGCUGCUGAAAUUCUUACCAGUGAACUUAAAACUACAAAUAGUGAUGACUCAGAACCUCAUAAUAAAAAGAAACGAGAAAAUGAUGAUAAUGACAAUGGAAAGCUUGUGCGUUCAGAAAGGGAUAAUAGUAAAGCUGAACCAAAAGACAUCAUGUCACUGCUUGCUAUGCCAUCCAUUAGAGAAAAGCAAAGUAAACGGGUUGGCGAAGAAAUUCUAGAACUUCUUUCAAAGCCAACAGCUAAAGAAAAAUGUCUUGCAGAAAAAUUCAAAUCCCAAGGAGGUGCCCAGGUUAUGGAGUUUUGCCCUCACGGCACACGGUUAGAAUGUAACCGAGCUAUGAAUGUUAAAAAAGAAGAAGCAAGCGAUAAUACAGAAAACGAAUGCACAAAAUUACAUUUUAAGAAAAUAAUACAACAACAUACAGAUGAAAGUCUUGGGGACUGCUCAUUUUUGAACACCUGUUUUCACAUGGACACUUGCAAGUAUGUUCACUAUGAAGUUGAUGGUUUUACUAGCAAUACUACCAAAGAAGUAGAAAGUGCACGCCCCUCAACUUUGAAUCGUAUGCAAGAUUCAACAGUUUUGUACCCCCCACAAUGGGUGCAAUGUGAUUUGCGAUAUUUGGACAUGACUGUUUUAGGGAAAUUUGCUGUGAUCAUGGCAGAUCCACCAUGGGACAUUCAUAUGGAACUUCCAUAUGGAACAAUGUCUGAUGAUGAGAUGAGAGAAUUAGGUGUUCCUGCGUUACAAGAUGACGGUUUAAUAUUUCUAUGGGUAACAGGAAGAGCAAUGGAGCUUGGCCGAGAAUGUCUAAACUUAUGGGGUUAUGAACGAGUUGAUGAAAUUAUUUGGGUCAAAACAAAUCAGCUGCAGAGAAUAAUUCGUACAGGAAGAACUGGACAUUGGCUAAAUCAUGGGAAAGAGCAUUGCUUAGUCGGUAUGAAAGGAAACCCUCCGAAUCUGAAUAGAGGUUUAGAUUGUGAUGUAAUCGUUGCGGAAGUUAGAGCUACAAGUCAUAAACCAGAUGAAAUUUAUGGUAUGAUUGAGAGAUUAUCACCAGGGACAAGAAAGAUUGAACUUUUUGGCCGACCGCAUAAUGUUCAGCCCAAUUGGAUUACUUUAGGAAAUCAAGUGGAUGGUGUUAGGUUAGUAGACCCAGACUUAAUAGCAUCUUUCAAGAAAAGAUACCCCGAUGGAAAUUGUAUGGCACCGAAACCUACAGUAUAAAUAUUAUAUUAAAAUUCGACGAACC